AUGUCCUCAAUCGAGCGCCCCCAAGCGUCCGCCAUUCCCUACAAAGGUGCAAAAUUACCACAUGUGCCAGAGGAUCUGGUGGUUCCCAACGUCUUCGACAACCUUGACUUCGACGAGCGAUAUUGGGUCCCGCAAGCAGACAACAUCUGGUUCCGCCCAUUACUCUUUUGUGUUUCGCAGGGAUAUUUUGUGAAUAUCCUGCGCGUCCGGAAAUCUGGUAUCCUCUCACGCCAUCGUCAUACAGGCCCCGUGCAGGCGACGACUUUCCGAGGAAAAUGGCAUUAUCUUGAGCAUGAUUGGUGGGCUACUGAGGGCAGCCAUGCUUUCGAGCCCCCUGGCGACAUUCACACAUUAGAAGUGCCUGAGGGGGUGGAGGAGAUGAUUACCCUGUUUCAUGUCACUGGUGCUUAUAUCUAUGUUGACCCAGAUGGAAACCCCGUGGGCGUCGAGGACGUCUUUAGCAAGCUACAGACAGCACGAGAACACUAUGAAAAGGUGGGAUUGGGGAAGGAAUAUGCAGAUCAAUUUAUUCGGUAG